AUGAUUACAUAUCUCAGCCACAAGGCCUGGUUCAUGCCUUAUCCUACGAAGUUCGUGGGCCUUGCUUUAAUCUCUCUUCUCACUUGCCUCACCCAAGCUGACGACUUUCGUCCUCUUUAUCACUUCGUCCCAGAACAAAACUGGAUGAAUGAACCCAAUGGCCUCAUCAAGAUCGGUUCCCAAUGGCACCUCUUCUUCCAGCACAAUCCCACCGGAAACUUUUGGGGUAACCUGAGCUGGGGCCAUGCGACCAGUACUGACUUGAUUGACUGGAACCAUCUCCCUGUCGCAAUCUCGAGUGCCAAUGGGGUUCAAGCCUUCACAGGGACCUCUUACUUUGAUGAGGCUAAUACAUCUGGUCUUGGAACAUCUGAAAACCCACCGUACCUUGCCUUUUAUACUGGGUACUUUCCAGACACCGGAGUACAGGAUCAGAGACUUGCUUAUAGCCUAGACCAAGGGGAGACUUGGAUCAAGUACAGCGAAAACCCGAUCAUCUCGCAGGCACAGGAGAAACCGCACGACAUUACCGGUGGCUUAGAGACGCGAGACCCCAAGGUCUUCUUUGACGCUGCAACAAAAACUUGGGUCAUGGUCCUCGCGCAUGGAGGACAAAACAAAUUGUCAUUCUGGACAUCUCCUGACGCCAAGACUUGGACCUGGCAUAACGAUCUCACCGAUGACGGUAUUCCCGGACUUCCCAGUGAUAUCACAGGCUGGGAAGUGCCUGAUCUCUUUAAUCUACCCGUCGAGGGUUCUUCAGACACUAAAUGGGUCCUGAUAGUUACUCCUGCCCAGGGGUCUCCCGCGGGUGGCAAUGGCGUUUUUGCAGUCACUGGCUCGUUUGACGGCGCCACCUUCACCCUCGACCCUGUUGAUCCAACCAACAUGUGGCUAGAUUUUGGGCGUGAUUGGGAUGGUGUUUAUAGCUGGGAAAAUGUGCCCACGUCCGAUGGCCGUAAGAUCCUUGCUUCGGUCAUGAACAGCUAUGGAGUCGACCCGCCAACCAAUGCUUGGAAGGGCAUGCUGUCGUUCCCACGUACUUUGCAGCUGCGAGAGAUUGGUGGCGAGUUGCGCUUUAUUCAGCAGCCUGUCAUCGAACUCGAAUCUGUCGGUACAUCUCUUGGCAACAUAGCAAAUCAGACUCUCGAGCCAGGGACCACGCUCUUGUCUGACUAUCGCGGAACUGCGUUACAUAUCAGCAUCUCUUUUGUUCCUACUGAAGGCUCCAUCGUAUCCCUAGCAGUCCGCAAAGGAGACUCGGAACAAACCGUCAUCCAGUAUGCUCAAUCCAAUGGCGCCCUAACUGUUGAUCGCCGUGCCAGUGGCAAUAUUUCAUACAACUCGGCGGCCGGUGGUAUUCACACAGCGACAUUCUCGCCAGAUUCUAACAAUGUAGCACACCUGCGGGUUCUAGUAGACAUGUGUUCGGUGGAGGUAUUUGGGGGAGCUGGCGAAGUGGUCAUUUCGGACCUGAUAUUUCCAAGCGAAAGCUCUAACAGACUGUCUCUAUCCACGACUGGAGGAAAUGUCGUCUUACAGUCCGUUGAAAUACGCUCUGUCGCAUGA